AUGGCUGACGAAGAUUGCCAGGCUUUGGUCGUAGACAACGGCUCCGGUAUGUGCAAAGCCGGUUUUGCCGGAGAUGACGCUCCGCGCGCUGUCUUUCCCUCGAUCGUGGGUCGACCCAAACACCUGGGAAUUAUGGUCGGCAUGGACCAAAAGGACGCGUACGUCGGUGAUGAAGCCCAGUCCAAGCGUGGUGUGCUUACACUGAAGUACCCAAUUGAACACGGAAUUGUGACCAACUGGGAUGACAUGGAGAAGAUCUGGCAUCACACUUUUUACAACGAGUUACGUGUUGCACCUGAGGAGCAUCCAGUACUGUUGACCGAGGCUCCGUUGAACCCCAAGGCAAAUCGUGAGCGUAUGACUCAAAUUAUGUUUGAAACUUUCAACGUGCCUGCUAUGUACGUGAACAUUCAAGCUGUGCUGUCUUUAUACGCAUCGGGUCGUACUACGGGCUGUGUUCUUGAUUCGGGUGAUGGUGUGUCCCACACGGUACCCAUUUACGAAGGAUAUGCUCUUCCACACGCAAUUGUACGUCUCGACUUGGCUGGCCGCGACUUGACGGAUUACAUGAUGAAGAUCCUUACAGAACGUGGUUACUCAUUCACUACUACGGCCGAACGAGAAAUUGUGCGUGAUAUCAAAGAGAAGCUUACGUACAUUGCAUUGGACUUUGACCAAGAGAUGAAGACAGCUGCGGAAUCGUCGGGUCUUGAGAAAAGUUACGAAUUACCAGAUGGCAACGUGAUUGUCAUCGGUAAUGAACGUUUCCGUACCCCGGAAGUACUUUUCCAACCGUCGCUGAUUGAUUUGUACUGCAACAUUGUGCUUUCUGGUGGUACUACCAUGUACCCAGGCAUUGGGGAGCGUAUGACGAAGGAGUUGACGGCUCUUGCUCCAUCUACAAUGAAGAUUAAGGUUGUGGCCCCACCUGAGCGUAAAUACUCAGUUUGGAUUGGUGGCUCUAUCCUGUCAUCGUUGUCGACAUUCCAGCAGAUGUGGAUCUCCAAGGCUGAAUACGACGAAUCGGGACCGUCGAUUGUGCACCGUAAGUGCUUUUAA